UAACCGGAUGCGGAUGUUGACAUUUAUCUUCUAAACAGCACUACUCGCUUUUCUUUGACGGCCAGCUGGCGGCUAAAGGUCCAUCAUUAAAGCAACAUAAAACUACCAAAUAUUUUCCUGUAUAACAAGAAGAAAAAAUACACCAACUCAACGGCCGAAAGUGACCCGACGUCUUUCCUACUUCGCUUGUUAUCGGACUGUCGUUUACCGGCCAAGCUGGGUAGCUAGCUACUGUAGCUGGCUAUGCGCAUCAAAAACUGGCUAACGAAAGAAGAGAGCUGUCUAAUGAGGAGGAUAUAACAACAGUCUAUCUUGUUUCAUGGAUAUAAUCCGAAUUGUUCCAGGAAAAGACCGAUAGCUAGCGGCAUUAGCUAGCUGGCGCUUCUCUGUGGGGCUAUUGUUUGUCGAUAGCGACGGUAACGUUAAAGGUUAUAGCCAGUUAACGUUACUGUUGUGAUAAUAUAUAGAAAUUAACUAAAUAUAUAUAUAUAUAUAUAUAUAUAUAUAUAUAAUGAUUAGAUUAUUUGUUAGUCUAAGCAGAAAGCGAGAUAAUUUACCUAUUCAGCUUGCCAGUAUUCCUGGCAGUAGGCUUUUAUAGUGUCUGCUAACUCAAAAAGUCACGGGUGUCAAGAAACGUUAAUAAGGAACGACAGUUUGUUUUGAUUGGCUUGAGGAAUAACGUUAUUCUGUCAGUAUUUAGUAAUGUGAUUGCCGGUUCGUUAGGAAACGUUAGACAGCGGGGAUUAGCAGUAUGUGAAUCAUGUUUUGUGUUGACUGAAGCUUUGCCAACGUGUUACACGCUGCUGUAGGUCCCGGUGUCGUGUGUGACCAGCAGGUGAACAUGGUUCUAAGGAACUGGACUCUCAGUCAAGGAAGGAGCAUGUGUUAACGGCUUGAUAGAACUUUGCUGUCGUGGAAAAAGUCAUACUUGAGUAAAGUAAGGAUACCUUCAUAGAAAAUGACAGAGUAAAAGUUGGUCACCCAGCAAAAUAAUACUUGAGUAAAAGUCUAAAUAGUUGGUUUUAAAUAUACUUAAGAAUCAAAAGUUAAAAUAUAAAUAAUUUCACGUUCCUUAUAAUAAGCAAACCAGGGGCAUACUAAAACACUCUGACAUAAUUUACAAACUUUGUGUUUAGUGAGUCUGCCAGAUCAGAGGCAGUAGGGAUGGCCAGGGAUGUUCUCUUGAUAAGUGUGUGAAUUGGACACUUUUCCUGUCCUUUUGGGUGUCAGUGAAAAUCUAUGGAGUAAAAAGUACAUUAUUGUCUUUAGGAAUGUAGUGAAGUAAAAAGUAUUAAUAGUAAAGUACAGAUACCUCCCAAAACGAGUUAAGUACUUUACACUACUGGAGCUUGGUCUUCGAUUAUGAGACGCAUCCUAUGACAGAUCACUAUCAGUUUACAUAAUAGCUACAGCAUUCCUGCAAAUGGUCAAAUAUAUAGAUUGCUUGUUAUGUUAGCCUGACUUUGGAUUUUAGAUACCGUUGUUUGUCCAACCCCUUGUCACACCUCAACCAUUACUUGGAUUUGUACUGUAUGACAUUGGAGAGGACAAGUGAGUCAUAGAUGGUGUCUAAAUUGGCAUCAACAAGCUGAUUAGUAACAGUAUUGUGGGCCUAAUAAACAGCACUGCCUCAAUGUGGUAUUGGGAUGCAUUCAUUAGCCAUUGGACCAGACAGUAACUGGGCCUGAAGUAUCCCCUGGUUCUGAAUAUGUGCACAUGAGAUCUGAGUGUGUUUGUGUUUAUCAGAGACUUUUGGUGUCUAGGCCUAUAUUAAUGUGAUGAUAGGUUAUAGUUGUACUUGACUGAGAGAGCUAGGUUGUAGGUAUGUGGACGGUGUUGUGGUUUCACCCUGCAACAAUGUCGACCCUAUUGUUGCUGCUAUUGCUGAGCAACUUAUGCAGGCUGGGACAGUCUAUGUCACGAGAGGAGAAGCUCAAGCUGAGGAACCAAGUGGUUGAGAUGUUUGACCAUGCUUAUUCCAAUUAUAUGGACCAUGCGUACCCAGCAGAUGAGCUGAUGCCUCUGACGUGUCGGGGGAGGGUGCGUGGGCUGGAGCCCAGUCGGGGAGACGUGGACGACGCACUGGGGAAGUUCUCUCUCACCCUCAUCGAUACCUUGGACACUCUAGUGCUCUUAAACAAGACGACAGAGUUUGAAGAAGCAGUGCGGAGAGUGUUGACAGAUGUGCGACUGGACAAUGACAUCGUGGUGUCUGUCUUUGAGACCAACAUCCGUGUGCUGGGAGGGCUGCUAGGGGGCCACUCCAUGGCGGUGAUGCUGAAGGAUACAGGGUAUCACAUGCAGUGGUACCAGGAUGAGCUGCUCCACAUGGCCAAAGACUUGGGUCUCAGACUCCUGCCUGCCUUCAACACCAGCAGUGGCCUGCCUUACCCCAGGGUAAACUUGAAGCAUGGCAUCAGGGGUCCUGAGAGUCGGACGGGCACAGAGACGGACACCUGUACAGCUUGUGCUGGCACAAUUAUCCUGGAGUUCGCUGCCUUGAGUCGCUUCACUGGGGACCCUGUGUUUGAGGUCCAUGCACGGAGAGCCCUCGACUUCCUGUGGGAGAAGAGGCAGAGGAAUAGCAACCUGGUAGGAACAACCAUCAACAUCCACUCAGGAGAGUGGGUCCGCAGGGACAGCGGAGUGGGAGCAGGGAUUGACUCGUAUUAUGAGUACCUGCUGAAGGCCUAUAUUCUCCUGGGAGAUGACCUGUUUCUGCAGCGCUUCAACAUUCACUAUGCGUCUAUAAUGAAGUACAUCAGCCAGCCUCCUCUCCUGCUGGACGUUCACAUCCACAAGCCUCUGCUGCCUGCUCGCACCUGGAUGGACUCCCUCCUGGCCUUCUUCCCUGGGCUGCAGGUGUUGAAGGGAGAUAUCCGGCCGGCCAUUGAGACCCAUGAGAUGCUGUAUCAAGUCACCAAGAAACACAACUUCCUCCCAGAGGCAUUCACCACUGAUUUCAGGGUACAUUGGGCUCAGCAUCCACUAAGACCUGAGUUUGCAGAGAGCACCUAUUUCCUAUACAAGGCUACCAAAGACCCCUACUACCUGGAGGUAGGCCGCACGGUGCUGGACAACCUGAACCGAUUUGCCCGGGUCCCCUGUGGCUUUGCUGCCAUGAAGGACGUUCGCACCGGGAGCCACGAGGACCGAAUGGACUCUUUCUUCUUGGCAGAGAUGUUCAAGUACCUGUUCCUUCUGUUUGCGGAAGAGGAAGAUCUGACGUUUAAUGUUGAGGAUUAUAUCUUCACCACCGAGGCACACCUUCUGCCCCUGUCCCUGUCCACUGUUCCUCACGCCCCCUCUCCUCCCGCCAACACCACGGUACAGGCUCCAUCUCUGCCUCAUCUCUCCGCCUAUGUCAAAUCUCUUUGGUCAGAGGAGGAGUUGGAUGACUCUAACUUUGAUUGGACCUGCCCCAACACACGCCUCCUUUUCCCCGACCCCGCCUUUCCACGGAACCUCCGAGAUCCAAUCAGGAGUGCUGUGGACAAGAGUUGUCCCCGUCCUGCCAUUCACCGUGAGCCGGGGAUGGGUCGCCCACCUCUGAGGGCUCAGGACUUCAUGGCCAACAACCCUGAUCACCUGGAGCUGCUGAGGAGGAUGGGAGUCAGCCUUAUACACCUUAAAGACGGCAGAGUGCAGCUGGUCCAACACGCUACACAGGCGGUCAGUGCUGUGGCAGCAGAGGACGGCAUGCGCUUCAUGCAGGAGAUGAUGGAGCUGUCCAGCCAGCAGCAGAAGGAGCAGCUCCCUCCGCGCGCUGUGCAGAUAGUCUCCCACCCCUUCUUCGGCAGAGUGGUGCUGACUUCUGGCCCAGCGCAGUUUGGCACAGACCUUUCCAAGAGCAUCACAGGGGUUCGUGGGUUUGUGACAGUGGCUGAACCCUACAGUGGCUGUGCGGAACUGAGCAACGCUGCCUUUGUACAGGGCCGCAUUGCUCUGCUGCAGCGGGGCCAAUGUAUGUUUGCUGAGAAGGCCAGACACAUCAUGAAGGCUGGGGCCAUCGGAGGCAUCGUCAUCGACGACAACGAGGGUAGCAGCAGUGACACUGCUCCCCUCUUCCAGAUGGCCGGCGACGGCCGCAACACAGACGACGUCACUUUGCCCCUCCUCUUCCUCUUCUACAAGGAAGGCAACAUCCUGUUGGAGGCUCUCAAGGAGUACAGGGAGGUGGAGGUGCUGCUGAGCGACAAGGCCAGAGACAGAGCAGCCUCUAUAUUCAAAGGUAAACCUCUCCCUGGCCUCCUGCUGGAAAGCAGGAUGGAUGUUCAGGAGGAGAAGGAAGAUUGUUCAACAGACCAAACUUCACCUGUCCCUGCUGCAACUCUCGACCAGUCACACGUGAGGACUAUGGAGCAGGAUGAAUUAGCUCCCCACAAUGAGGAAGUGACUCCUGAGGAAGAUGUGGGACCUGCCAUUAAGAGGAACCCUGAGCCAGAGGAGGAGCCUGAGGUUGACAAGGACUCUAGCAGAAAAUCAGUGGAAGCCAUGAUGGCUGAUUGGCGAGAGGACUUAGAAGCGUUUCAGCAGAUGGAGGAUGAGCUUUGACAACUUCCACAGUUCCCCCUCCUCCGGUCUGUCCCAGCCACCGUACAGGCCUGGGGUCAGUGGACUGCGCCUCAUAAAGGAUAAGGUUUUAAUGGGGAUAUGUUUUGAUAAGGAACGGUUACCAGGGUGGAAUACAGUGACUUCUAUAGCCCAGAUAUCUACUGUCUGGCAGUAUGAACCCCUGAUUAACUCUCACUAUUUUCUGGUCUUAACUUAUUUUCACACAUUGUCUUCCUCCAAAUGCUUUUCUAGGUCACUGACAUGUGGGAGCAGAUUCCAAAUGCUGGUUGAAUUAUAAUCCACUGGUUGAUUGGUUUAUUUAACUGUAAUGAUUAAUUGAUACGUUGUUGGAACAUUUACUAUUUUAUUUUGUGGGCCUAAUUUGUGGGGUCAAUAUUAAGCUACCUGACUGUGGGACUGCAGUGGCAAGGAGUCUAUAAAAAGCUGGUGCUGAGAAUCACUUAGCACUGGCACUCUCCAGGAAGAGACAAAGUUAUAUGUGACUGUAAAUAUGUAUUUGUCAGUUAUUUCGUUGGUUUGAAAUACAGUGCUGCUUUGCUCAGGUUCUGGUCGGUAUGAGAGAUGCCGGGUACUGGCUACCCAAGAGGGAAGACAGUACCACCAGCUGGCCAGCAGAGGGGAUCCUUGUUUGAGACCUCUUACUGGUCUGACUGGAACUUGAUGACAUACUGGAAGACCAAGGAAACAAAAAAGCCAACAACAUAAUGAACUUUAAUUAAAUUGAUAAGGAAAUUGAAAA